UCAUGCGUUUAUCUUCUCGAAACACCAUAGAUUCCGAUUCGAAGCCUUCUCCCAAACCCUAGAAACUUUGCCCCCAGAAUCAAAGAUCCGAUCAAUGGCCGUCGUCCCCCGAUCGGAUCCACCUUCACAAAUCGACCACUUGGAUCGUCUCCCAGACUCAAUCCUCCUCCUCAUCCUCAACAAAAUCUCCGACGUCAAAUCCCUCGGCCGAUGCUGCGCCGUCUCCCGUAGAUUCCACUCCCUCGUCCCCCAAGUCGAAAACGUCGUCGUCCGCGUCGAUUGCGUCAUCUCCGACGACGACAACUCCAAACCCCCCUCCACCGCGUCCUCAUCGUUCUCCGCCGUGUUAAACCUCGUCAUCGGCGGAAUUGUCAAGCCGUUGCAAGCUUUAGGUCAAUUACUCGGCACGAAUCGAUCUUCUUCUUCUUCUCUGUCCAUUAGUGGAGAGAUCGAACAAGGCGGCGGCGUUACUCACCAUUCUCCUACGCAGGUUUUGAGAAACUUCGAUGAGAUUCGGUACUUGCGAAUCGAGCUACCUAGCGGUGAGCUAGGGAUUGAGGAAGGAGUCCUGUUGAAAUGGAGAGCUGAGUUUGGCUCAACGUUAGAUAAGUGCGUGAUUCUCGGCGCAUCUUCAGUGAUUCAACCGAAUCUUAACCGAAUUUCUCAAGGGAUUGAUAGUACAACCGUUGAAUCUCCCGAUGACGACGGGAGUAUACCGGAAUCUUUUUACACUAACGGCGGUUUAAAGCUACGUGUUGUGUGGACAAUCAGCUCUUUGAUUGCCGCAUCAGCACGGCAUUACUUGCUACAGCCUAUAAUCUCGGAGCACAAGACGCUGAAGAGCUUAGUGCUCACUGAUUCCGAUGGGCAAGGUGUGCUUUGUAUGAAUAAGGAUCAGCUUGAGGAGCUUAGGGUGAAACCAUUGUCAGCUUCUUCGGCGUCGAAGAGGACUCUUGUGCCUGCUUUGAACAUGAGGCUAUGGUAUGCUCCGAGUUUGGAGUUGCCUGAUGGAACUGUGUUGAAAGGCGCGACUUUAGUGGCGAUAAGGCCUAGUAUAUCGAAGAAGGAUGUGUCUGAUGGGAAUUGGGUGUCUUCGGCUUUUGAGGAGCCUUAUGAGACAGCUGCGAAGAUGUUGGUUAAGAGAAGGACUUAUUGUCUUGAAAUGAACUCCUUCUAG